AUUCAAUCCAGACCACAGCUUCUUCCUCCCUUUUUGUCUCCCACACUCUUCUUCUCUAUCACUCUUACAUCAAUACUCCUCAUUAAUUCAAAAUGGUCGUCGCUACCAUCAAAUGUGUCGUGGUGGGGGACGGUGCAGUAGGAAAGACCUGUCUGCUCAUCUCAUACACAACGAACAAGUUCCCUUCGGAAUAUGUCCCCACCGUCUUUGACAACUACGCCGUGACCGUGAUGAUCGGCGAUGAGCCUUACACCCUGGGACUGUUCGAUACCGCCGGUCAAGAGGAUUACGACCGCCUGCGCCCGCUCUCUUACCCACAGACUGACGUGUUCUUGGUCUGCUUCUCCGUCACCUCACCUGCCUCAUUUGAGAACGUCCGCGAAAAGUGGUUCCCCGAAGUCCACCACCACUGCCCCGGUGUUCCCUGCCUGAUCGUCGGUACCCAGACUGAUUUACGCGACGAUGCUGGAGUCCGGGAUAAGCUUGCCCGCCAGAAGAUGUCCCCCAUCCGCAAGGAAGACGGUGACCGGAUGGCAAAGGAACUUGGCGCUGUUAAAUACGUCGAGUGUUCUGCCCUGACACAGUAUAAGCUCAAGGAUGUCUUUGAUGAGGCUAUUGUCGCGGCACUCGAACCCGCGCCUAAGAAGAAGUCAAGGGGCUGCCGCCUGCUGUGAGCUUAUCCUUCACGGACUUAUCGCAACAGGUUGGUCCGAGUGCGACGGAUAUGUUGCACUUGGGUUGAUGCCUAGUUGACGCGCGCCUUGAAGCUACGAUGGAAUGAACCUGUUUAUUUCUCUUUUUUUCCCUACUCUUUCACGUUCUAUUGGGCGGCAAAUAUUUCUGGCUGGACUUUGUUUUCUGGGAUAUCCAAAUUCAGCGACAAAAAAAAGGGGGG